GAAAAACAAUUCGAAUUUUUCUUCCCCUAUAGAUCCAGUUCCCGUAAAUAAAUCCGUUGAUGUAUCGACAUCAGAGAUCCCUGUAAUAAUUUCCGAUCCUAUAGAACAUGUAAAAAAUCCUCCCAUUUUGAAAACCCCUGUCCUUGGACCGACUGUUCCGAAUGAAGAGAAGGUCAAAGAUCCAUCUGAUGAUUCACGUGACAAUACCGAGUACCGUCGCCCCGAACUCAAUAUAACAAUUUUUGAGAACCUCUGUCGUGCAUUAAUUGAUACUGGCGCGUCAGUGUCCGCCAUUUCCGAGCAUUAUUUUCUCUCUCUGAAAUCAACCAUUCCAACCGAUCAAAGUUUAUCCAUAUUACCCGUCACCAGCGUAACUAUUUCUACCGCUGUGGAGAGCCGUAGUCGACGUGUUACGCAACAGGUAUUGAUUCCAUUUUUUAUAAACAAAAUUGCCGCCGACUGUAUAUUUCUAGUUGUUCCCCGUUUGUCAACUCCAAUGAUAUUAGGUACCGACUGGUUAACUGACCACCUAGUCGAUAUUAGGUAUUCCGUUCGAAUAUUUUAUUUUCCCCUUUGGGAUACACAAUUUUCGUUUGCUGAUGAAGGGAUAUCGGUACAGGCACAGCUUGAUUCUGUAUUCACGAUUACAUAUGAUGAACCCGAUAUAGAGUCAUUUAAUAACAUUUUCGAACAAUUACGCAUAAACACUCAUUUGACCGAUAAACAAUAUAAUGAGGCCGUUCAAUUAUUUAAAAAAUAUAAUUCCAUUUUUCGUAUCCGACCCGGAUUAAAUAAAUUAUACGUGUGUAAGUUUAACGUUUCGGAAGACGUUCCUUUUAAAAUUACGCCAUAUCCUAUACCUUUCUCACGCCGACCAGCGGUCGAAUAUGAGUUAAACCGUAUGUUGGAGUGGGGGGUUAUUGAACGUUGUUCGUCACCAUACAGUAAUCCGAUAUUGUGUGUCACAAAAACUGAUGGUGGCGUCCGGUUAUGCCUUGCCGCUCGUCGAAUAAAUCAAAUAAUAUUACCUAUGAGAGAUUCAUCCCCUCCUUUGGAGAAGUUAUUAGGCCGUUUUCAAGGAAACGUAUCUUUCUCCAGUAUUGAUUUUACAUCUGGCUACUGGCAAGUGCCUCUACAUGUCGACGUUCGUAAAUUUACUGCUUUCUUAUAUAAUGGUCGAACGUACCAAUUUUGCGUAGUACCGUUUGGACUUAACAUCUCAUAUAACAUAGUAUUCUUACGCAAAUAUAUAGUGCCUGUAUUAAACAGUAUCACGCUCGCUGAAUGCGUGGACAACCGCGCAAUACCUUGGGCUUUACGAUUAAAAGUCGAUGCGUUAUCGCCAAACUAGAUCGAUAUCUUUGUCUUAAUAGUCAUUGCUCGAUCCGGCGUGCACAAUAUCAUAUGAUAGUCCCCAUUUUUUUUUAACAUUCAAUUUUCUUUUCCCUCCUCAUCACUCUUUACGAAUAAAUUUUCACUACUUGUAGUUAUAAUUUAUUCGGGGGGGNCACCACCCGACCAUCACUCUGCGAGCGUAUAUCGAUGUGUAAAGGGGGGUAUCGGCCAAUCAGAUGAUAACAGUUCAAUUUCGCGACCGACGGACCGCAUAACGGCCACCGGAUCGUUUUUUUUUUUGUUGUUUGCUCCAACACCGUUCACGGAUACGGACCUUUUUAUUUUUGCUCCGUUUCCGACUCAAAAUGAGAGGCUAAAAGUCCACACAAGUCCCCGGCACGGUCGUCCCCGACCGCCGGUCAGGUAUGCAUAUCCCUUGUUGUUUUUAAUAUUGGCCGAUACUACCCUAUUAUUAUUAUUAUUAUUUUUUUUUAUUAUGAUUUAUUUAUUUUUAUUUGUAUUUAUAUUUCACCUAUGUUUCCUUUCAGGAUAUUCUAUAAUAUGUUUCAAUACAUUUAACUUGUUAGUACUUAGGUAAAUCCUGUAACUCCGGCUGAUCCUGUCUCGGUUGCAGGUCGGUCCGUGGCGAACGCCCGGGUCGCAUAACGCUCGUGGCGAACUCCGUCUUUACGGCUGCCAACUCUUGUUUAAAGUAUUACUAUCUUAAUAUUUUUUUUUUUGUCAAGACGACGCGAGACGUUACAACAUAUUAAAAAAAAAAUCCUUACAGCACCAUAAAACAUCCAAAAUACUCAUGACUACCCCUAGAUCCAGCGAUUCAUGUCAGCACACCAAAAUCAUCGAUACAUACAGAAAACUUUGCGAAAACUUCACAUUUGAUAUCGAACCUUCGUCUCCCUAUAACAUUAUUUCCUUUUGGAAAAGACACAUCAAUAUAAACACUCAACUUCUCCUACUUAACAAGCACAACACAAUACAUGCACUAAUAAAAGCAAACUUCAACGAAAUUGUAAACUCUGAAUUUCACGACUAUACCCAAAUAUAUACCGAUGCUUCCAAAAACGCCAAUGGUGUGGGAUUCGCCUAUACAACAAGCUCAUCAUGCAAGCUUUACAAACUCCCUCCUGAAGCUAGCAUAUUCACCGCAGAAUCUCAAGCCAUCAAAGAGGCUAUACAUACACAAACUCAAUGACUUCCAACAAAAUACUAGUUAUAAGCGACUCCCUGAGCGUCCUCUUAGCCCUCGAAUCACCAAACCCCUUCAAUGAAAUUAUUCAACAAAUACACAACAUUCUAGCUAGGUCUAAGAAAACCAUCCAAUUCAUGUGGGUACCGUCGCACACAGGCAUAAUGGGAAACGAAAAAGCUGACGCACUAGCAAACGAAGCAACCGCAUCACCUGAUGUAACAAUUAUAAACAGGCUAACUUACCAGGAUGUAUCAAAAAAAAUAAACACACUAGCAAACGCAACAUAGAAAAAAUCUUGGGACUUAGUACCACUUUCAAACAAAUUAAAAGAAAUUAAAAAAAGCAUUGGUAAAUGGCAUACCUCAACUAAUUUAUCCCGACGUGAAGACAUUGUAACUACCAGGACAUCAUUAGGACACACUAAUCUUACUCACGUACACCUAAUCAAACAUGAAGAACCACCCAUAUGCACUCAAUGCAACGAACAACUAACGAUCAAACACAUCAUAUUACACUGCCCGCAAUUCGCACAGGCAAAAUCUAUCCUAAACCAUCAAACCACAAUGGAAACAACACUUGGAGAACACAACACUCAUCUAAUCAAUAUUUUCUUCAAAGCAAUUGGAUACUUCUCUGAAAUUUAAAACUUAGAUUUAAUAAUACUUUAAAUGUUAAACAAUGUAUUACACAAUGUAAAACAAUAUAAUAAUGUAAUGUAAUAUAUAUACACACAGGCUAAUGACCUAGAUGUUGAAGCCUUUAUUCCUAAAUAAAAAAAAAAAAAAAAAAAAAAAAAAAAAAACUAAAAACUUCACAAAAAAUCAUUCUUCUAUUGUGAAUGCUGAUAUACAUAAACCUAAAUAUAUCUGUAGUACAUUGUAUAUAGAUAUUGUAAUUAGAAUAAAAAUAAUAGAAAAGUGCUGAAAAGUGUUUGGAAAAUAUUUAACAUCCAGCGAAAUGCCAAAGAGAAGUCAACUUCACAAACUGACGGAAAACACGAACAAUUCAGUCAACAAAAAGAAGGAUUAAAAAACUGGAAAAAAUGGUAAUAGUGAUGUAAUGUUAUGCUCACACAACAUUUUACGUUUAUGCAUUUACUUUUCAAUCGUGUGACUAAAAGAUUCAGAUAUGACCGAGUACUUGGUAUUUAGUAAAAAAAAAAUUAUUAAAGUAAUAAAUACAAUGGGACGUUCGUUAUUGGAGAGAGGUUAAUAUAUUUUUUUACUAGUCGAUACACUAAAUAACUUGUGAGAAUAUACACACAUCGAUCGGUACGUUUGACGACAUCAUCCCUGCACACGUGGUUGCAGACAAUCCAAUUUUAUUACUUAACAAAAUUCUUAUUUUUAAAAUUUGAUUAUCAGCAAAUUAUAAUUCAUUGGCCCCGACUCGAAGACCUCUUUGAUUAUAAAAAAAAGCCUCUCGAGAAAUAUUUUUAAAAUAUCACUCUGUCGAGAACCACACAUACAAUCAGUACCUACCAUCAAUCUCUUGAAGACCUCUCUUUAAUAGAUGGCUACGACUUUUAGCAGCUAUAAUCAUUCGUAUUUGAUUUUUUUAUUAACUUACACUAUAAUUCAACCUUUUGUUAUUCUAAUCUAAAGAUUAGCAUUUUUAUCUAAGUGCACACAGGUGAAAAGUAUUAAUUAAUUAAAUUAGUUUGUUCCAAUUGAAUUGUGACUGCCGUCCAACGACUCUAAGAUCACGUGAGGAUAUUUACAGGCUGGCAUACACCUUAAUUUUCCAACACCAUUAUACUUUUCUUUAUUUAUUGAUCUCGUUGCCAUUUUUGAUCUCACGACCCCGUAUCCCUCCGAACUGCUGGAGGAAGAUAGUGAUUCAAAUACCCGAUUUAACAUAGGUAUCAAAAUAACUAACCCCAUUAAUUUUAAAAAUUAUUGUUUUUAUCAUCAUUAAAGAUUAAGUUGAAGUAGAUCUUUAUAGAUUAGUUAAAGAAGGAAUAUUUUCACCUGUAGACAAAAGUGAUUAUGGAACUCUAAUAUUGCCAGUACCAAAAGCAAAUGGAACUAUUCGUAUUUGCGGAGAUUAUAAGAUUACAGUUAACCGCUAUUUAAAAGUGGAUAGAUGGUUAUCUAUCCACUUCCGAGAAUAGAAUAUCUUUUUUCAAAUAUUAGUGUAUCGUAGUGUAUUGAAGUGAUACAAAAAGGAGGGGAAACAAUGAUAUGAUAAUAAAAAUAAUAAUGUAUAAAAUGAACGGGGUGGGUUACUUUGAUACCUAUGUUAAAUCUGGUAUUUGAAUCACUAUCUUCCUCCUGCUGUUUAGACGGAUACGGGAACGUGUGUCCGAGAAUAAUGACGAAUACCAAUAAAUAGAAACUAUAAUUAUUUUACCUGCCCACGGUGUUGGAACACUAGGGUUAUUAACUAAUUACAACGGUAUAUUUUUAGAUAUCGAUAUCGUUUCAUUUAUAUCGAUAUCAUUUCACGAUAUCGAAAAACGAUAUAUCGAUAUAAUUUAUAAAAUUAAAAUAGUAAAAACAAUACUGAAUACAAAAAUAUUGACGGCUUUUUUUUGGAAUUUAUAUUUAUUACAUUAAAAAAAGGUUUCAUAUUAUAUUAUUAUAAACAAAAUGAAAUAUUGAAUGAAAAUUACAGGUACAUUAUAUUUAUUUACUUUUCAUCUACCAUAGGAACCUCCAAGUUUUGUAUAAUUGCUUCCAGAAAAUAUGCAUAAAUUUAAAAUGAAUAAGUAUUUAAGUAAAAACUAUUAUUAUUAAUGGUUUUCAUACCAUUACGUUAUCUGGUAUAUCUUUUUUCUUUUAAAUAUGAAUUCAAAAAAAGUAGUUGAUUUUUUUCUGUCUGGUGAUAAGCACAUUUUUCUUUUGGUAAUGACUGAACAGCUUCACUAACAAACGUUCGCAAGGAACGCUUGUUGCUAUUACACUGAAAAUUUUUUUUACCAUCUAUGAAACUACAGGAUAUUUUUUCUCAUUGUAUUUCCACCAUAAUAAUAGAUCUUGAUUAUGACUUAUUUUAUCUGUCAUACUUUUAUAUUUAUGUAAUUCAUUUCCUUCGUCUUCUUCGUCACUGUCGGCUAUAAGAGAUCGUAUUUUUUUUGCUAGUGGUUCGAUUGCUUCGUCUUAAUCAAAAUUUAUUUAUGUUAAUGGAAUCACUUCGUGUUCUUAAAUUUAUUUUAUGAUUGUUCCCAGACUGAAAUUAUUUGGUCAUCCGAUAAAAAUUUAAAUUCGUGGUAUCUAGGAUAGGUUAGGUUUCUAAACAUUCUAAUUCUACUAUAGUUGUACUAUAAUUAUAUCUCGCCUUAAUUUAAAGUCCUCAACGCAUAAGCUGUAGGUGAAUCUUUUCCUACUUCUUCUUGAGAUUAGAUUGCUCCUAACGCCUUAUUGUAUUUAUCUCCCUUGUUGUUAAUAUAAAUAGUUUUGUAAAAUCUGGAUAUUGCAAUAUAGGUUUUGAACAUAAAGCAUUUUUUAAUUUAUCAAAAGAUUUCUGGCCAAGCUUCACAUCACUCAAAUCUAACGUCUUUUCCUAAUAAAUUCGUUAUCGGUUAUGCGAUUGCGUUAUAUGAUUCUAUAAACUUUCGAUAAUUCUAAAAAUGAUUUAAUUCCUUUUACAUCUGUAGGUAUCGGAAAUUCUAGAACAGAUUUUAUCCUUUCCGGAUCGGGUUUUAUUCCGUGUUCAAUUAUUAUGUGCCUUAAAUUUACCUAACCUUUAUAACCUAUAUAACUUAACCUACACAUUCCCUUGUUAGAAUUCAUAUUUUUAAAUUAUUAUUUCUUAAUCAUUCAAAAACGUCGCCUAAUUUAUUAUUAUGAUCGAUUAAAUUUUUCCCGUAGACGAUUAUGUCGUCUAGAUACACUUAACAUUUUAUACUUAUUAUAUUUACUGCUAAUACAUUAUUCAUAAGUCCUUGGAAAGUGGCAGGUAAAAUUGUCAUUCCUAUUGCCAUUCGUUUAAAAUGAAAAUGUCCGUGAUUAGUCGUUAAUUCACGCUAUAGAUCUGAUAAAGGUAUUUGGUAAAAUCCCGAUGCUAAGUCUAUAAAUGCUCGUAAAUAACUGAUAUUCACCUAACUGAUAAAGGAUUUCUGUUAUAUUUGGAAAUAGAUAAUAUUCAUUUUAAGUUACUUCGUUAAGUUCUCUGAGAUCAAUAACUAUCAUAAACUUUUCUUUCCCACUUACAACUGCUUUCUUUUUAACUAGUAGUAAUGAUGCAUUCUAAAGACUCAUAGACGACUCUAUCGUCGUCUAUCAUUUUCUGAAUUUGGGUAUUUAUUUCCCCUUGUUGGGCAAAAAUUACGCGAUUUAAUCGUUUAUAUAUAGGUAAUUAACCUUCUUUUAAAUGUAUGCAAUGCUUUGUUGCAUUUGUAAAUGUUAAGGUAUAACACUUCUUAAUGGAAUAUUUCCGAAUAUUGUACACAAAUUUCAAAUAUUGCUUGUCUUUCCUUUAUGUUCUGCUUAUUGCCUAUUAUGCUUUUAUUUUGUGACUUUUAUUUUAUUACUUUUAUUUAUGUUGUGUGGACGUCAUAUUCUGUUUCAAAUGAAAAGUAUUUUAUUUAAUUCACUUAAUUUUAUUUCUUUUUUAUUUCGGUUAUAUUUAACAUAUAAUUAUUACGAUAUUAUUUUCGACUUGACAUAAUGUGUUAUCACAGUUAUCUUUGACAAUUUCUUGUUUAUGGUUCAUAUUUUUACUGGCGGCAUGCGCAUCAGCGAUAGGUAUUGAUACUAUUGUUUUAGUUCUAGGAAUUAAAAUAAA